CCUGUGCGUUGUCGAUAGGGUCGAUAGAUAGACCGUGUGUUGAUAUUUUUUCUUUUUUUUACUCGCCACUAGUAUAUAUAUAAACAUAAGAAGUAAAAAAUAUGCAUCGAUGGAUCUACCAUUUCUUAUAGGGAGUUAUAUUUUCAUUCAAAGCUAAACACAUAUUUUAUAAAAUUGAUCUGAAGUCGAAUAAUUUAAGAGAAUUCCUUGUGUUUGUACAGUGUGAAGUUGAGAAAAAUCAUUGGAUUAUCGCGUGCGUGCGAACAGUGAUUGUGUUAUAAUCCUUUUCAAUUCGUCACAUAUGCAGAAUACGAUAAGUCUCCUGAAAGCAGCUGUUAUAUGAUUAGGAACUCGUGAUACAUCUUAUCAUCGUAUGACAAAUUUCUCUUGCAUAAUUUUGCGAGAAAGUUUUAUCGACAAUAAUUUCAAAAUCAAAUGGAGAAACGAAAAAAAAUACUAAUGAAAGAUGACAACCCCACAAUAUUUAGAAGCUCACGAAAAAGUAGUGCAGUCAGUGACAUAUCAACAGAAGCCCAAAGUAUGCCUUGCCCUGGACGAACUCAGGGCGAUGGAAUGGAAAAUGUUAUUUCUGAGAAGAUAGAAACUAAACAAAAAAAGACUCGUCUUGGUGACACUCUCAUUUAUCAUCCGACAAAUCUGAAACAAGUUGCCUGCAUACCACCGGUCACACCGACCGGAACAAUAGUUAAUCUCAUUCCAAAAGGAGUCACGCACAGUAAAAAGAAUAUUUUACAUUCAUUGAAGUCCAAAGAACCAAAAUUUGUACCUUAUGAACCAUACAAAGCUGCCGUCAAUCCCAUUGUGCCGGAUGAAAAGUGUAGAUUCAUAAAAUCAAGCAAGAACAAUCUUGACAUUAAUACAAUGGUAGCACAAAUGGCUAUACACAAAUCAAUGGAACUUGAGAGACGAGCUAAAAGUGAAAAAAACAUUCAAGAAAAAGUGGAGACGAUUGAUGACGAGCAGAAGCAAUGGGAUAGUCAAAAAAAAGCAUAUGAAGCUGAAAUUCAGAAUCUGAAGAGUGAGAAUGGUCAGCUUGAAAAUCAACUUAAAUUCCAAGCUCAGGUGAAUGGCGAAUUGAAGAACCUUCUUGUAGCAGCUGUGGGUGAAGACCUCCAAACGAAAGUGCACUUGUUAACAGAAGACAAACUGCAAUUAGCUCGUGCUCUGUUGAAUUCUGCACAACACCUGAGCACUCAUCAGGAACAGACCGAGUGGUUAGCUGGACAGUGCGAAGUAUGGAGAAGCAAAUUUUUGGCAAGUAGCCUUAUGGUAGAGGAACUAGCAAAAUGGAAAGCUGCUCUUUGCCAAAGAACAACCGAUCUUCAAGAAGGGAUCAAGAGAUUACUUGAGGAACGCAGUAAAAUUAGGGACACAGCAUUGAGAACAUAUCGAACUCUGAGUAUCCUUCGACAAAACUUCGAUCCAAUUGGUUCAAUGUCAUUCAAGAGACACGAACUACCGAGCACGAAUAUCGUUGAUUUGGUGGAGGGUUCUUGCCAACUGGCAGAAAUACUCAAAGUCCAACUUCUUAGCGGAAUGGACAAUGUCCCCGUUCAAAGAGAAGUUAACGUUACGGGUUUAGAAAUGAAAACUAUGGCUGAGAAAAAUGCAGAGGAGAUGUUGAUGAGCCCAAAUCUUCUGAUGUCUGGACGUCAGGACGCAGCGUGUAGCGCAGUAAUGGGAGCAGCUGUUGCGGUAGGAGGUAAAAUGUUUUUACCUCCAAGAGUUAGUGAUUCCUAUAUGACCUGUUGCCCUCACUGUAGCGGAGAGGUCAAGCAGGUAUGACGCAGAUUCGAAUUUUCUGCAUCUAUAAAUCACUCACGGAAUUGAAUGUAGCCGUUGAUCAUUUAUUUUUUCAAUUCUUAAUCUAUUUAUUAGUUUAUUUAUUUUCAUGAAUUUUGAAGAAAUGCUCAAAAUAAUCGGGAAACUUCUCAAUUUCAAUGUCGCGAAUCAAUUGAAUUUGUUGAUCAUAAAUCUAGGGCCAAACAUAGAAAUAUUUUUUCGUAAUUUAUUCACGUGUUAAACGAGGGACAAAAGUAUAAAAGCUAUCGGCAAUAAGAUGCUGGACACUAGAGUCUUCCUUCUUUUUAGCAGAAGAAAAAACAUUAAUAUUUGAGUGCGAACAAUGGGUAAAUUUGAUCGAUUGUGUUAACUAUACGAAUAGACCUUAAAAAUCAGUCUGUACAAUAUUCUUUGGUACAGAUAAUAAAACAUCCGUGCUAUUGGUUCCCGAAAAA